GUGAUAGUUACGGCUUGACUGACUGAUUGAACGAUUGAUUGAAGUGAGAACGAGAAGUAAAGUAAACUGCGCUGGGCGGUUCUUCAGUCUUGUCUUCAUCUUUAUUUCGAUUUCGUCUCGUUUGGGCUGGUGGAAUCUAUGCUGCAUCAGUUAACACAAGCAAGAUUAUUAUGUUUUGGAAAUAAGUUAGGGACUACGCUUUCAGUAUUAUAGAACUUACAGAUAAAAAAUGGCCGGAACCACUGAAAGCCAAAGUUUUGUUGCAACACCAUCUCCUGUUUUGAGCCAAUGGAGAACAACUCAAGAUGAAGAGAAUGGGAACACGGUUGAAGCUACUAUGCUGCCAAACGGAAAUUCCCCGCCUAGACCUUCCCUAAAGAAGGCUGAGAGUGUGGAGGUUGUUGAUUAUAAGAAGCUCAACAGAGGAAUAUCCCGUGCUACAGAUAAUGUGAAUCUCGUUUCACAAGUGCGCUGCGAACUUGUCUUGGACAACAUUGAACAAGAUUUCUUCAUUGAAACUCCUAUCCAUACAUUUACACUGCCAGAUUUUGCAGUAUAUGCAGAGGAUUUUCGACAGUUCCUAGAGAAGGACCUAAUUGCUGUGUCAACACAGCAAUCGCUGGAGCAGGCCAAUCGUCUAAACUGGUGGUCGGCUGUAUGUCAGAGGUUGUGGCCCUUGUCUACCUCUGGUGACGGAAACUGUCUGUUGCAUGCUGCGUCUCUUGGUAUGUGGGGGUUCCAUGACCGACUGUUAACUCUGCGCAAGUCUCUACAUGCGUUCUUGUCAUCCUCACCUCGUCACGAGGCUUUAUGGAGACGCUGGAGAAGACAACAGAGCGCAUUGAACGCCCAAGCCGGCCUCAUUUACUCAGAGGUGGAGUGGAGGAGGGAGUGGAACGCCAUUGUCAACAUGGCCUCUACUGAGCCAAGGUUGCGGAGACUCAGUGUUGCCAGCGACCAUAGUGGCGAGAUCGCUGGAGCAAUUUACGAGAGUUUGGAAGAGAUCCAUGUAUUAGCGUUGGCUCAUGUUUUGAAACGUCCGAUCAUUGUUGUGUCAGACACAAUGUUGAGGGACAUGAAUGGAGAGCCUCUAGCGCCUAUCCCAUUCGGUGGCAUCUACCUGCCUCUGGAGUGUUCUCCGAGUGAGUGUCAUCGCUCCCCGCUGCUGCUGGCCUACGACGGAGGACACUUCAGUGCUCUGGUGGCCAUGGACACUCCAGCUGACAACACCACUGUGCUUUCUUCAGCCAUCCCCCUGGUAGACGUAACACAUGAGUUGUUGCCAAUUCAGUUCUGUAUCGACCCUGGUGAGAGGGAGGACUUUGGAGAGAAGAUGGAGUUGGGCCAAGCAGAGUGUCUUGGCCUACUGAAGGAAUACUUGGAUGUCCUCACAAUAGAUCUGCACGAAGGAGAAAAUACUUUGCAACAAGAGAAUAUUUUGCUGCAGGAAGGAGAAGGUCUAGCGAAGAACCUGGGGAAAUUGGGAAGCAUCGGAAAGUCUGUUGGGCAGAAGCUGCGGCUGAAGCUGACUCGCAGCAACUCUCAGAGAGGCUGCAAGAACACUGGGAUACUGUGUGCGCAGCUGCACACAGAUAAGAGACAUGAGUACCACGAUACUAUGAUCAAGAACUAUCUGCACACAGCGCGUGUGCGGUUCAACCAACAACAGGAUCAGUUGUACAAGGACGGCGGCAUUGCGACGGCACCACGCUACGGCGCAGGCAAAAGCCAGUUCUACACAGAGGCAGACCUAGAGUCUCACGAGCGCAUAAGUCAACUGACUCCCGUAAAGCCAAUUACCAAUUCUGACGACACUGUGUACCUCUGUAACUCAACGUUCUACCAACCGAGCGAGAUGUGUCGGGCAGAAGGAUGUCCGUUCUUCGGCAAUCCUCAAACACAGAACUACUGCUCAAAGUGUUUCCGGGAACAGUUGCAGUGUAAAGAGUCGUAAGUGUAAAGAACUGUUACUGUGUAGGGUUGUAAGUAAACAACUGUUACAGUUUUUAAGUCGUAAGUGUAUAGAACUGUUAAUGUGUAGAGUAAGUACUGGACCGUUACAGUGUAAAAAGAAUGUUUUGAGAACUGUUACAGUGUGUCAAGUCAUAAGUGUAUAGUACUGAUCUAAUGUAAAGAGUUAUAAAUUCAAACAACUAACAGUUUAAAGAGACGUAAGUGUUUCAGUGGAUGUUCCGGUGUUGCGGUACGCUGUACCUGAUUUUCUGUCAGAUUUUGCUGGUGUUUAACCUGUACAUAAAUCCCUGCUUUAUAGCCUAUUUAUCUGAGAAUCUAGUGCAAUCGUGGAGACAUCAUCAGGUUAAAUGUAAGAGCAUCAAGUUCAAACUAAACUGUGGCUUUUUCAAUUAUGUUGUACUGAAUUAAAAUAUUAUGAUUUUAAACAAUUUUUUAUCAAGAAGAGAUUUGAAAUAAGUCAAUUGUUUUGAACACAAAAGUAAAAAUCCCAAGCCACAGUGUUAACACAUCAACAUGUGUCUUCAACUUUUAUGUAGUUUGUUAAAAAAAAACUACUGACAAUAUUUAUUUAACUUUAAUUUUUUUUACCAUAUCACAGUAUUGUCUCUAAUAUUGUUUUUCAUUGCACUAAUGAUUUUCAGAUAUAUUCAUUGUGUCAUACAAUAUUUUGGGAUGUUUUUAGUCUGUAUAUUUUAUUGUUUUAUUGUUUUUUUUUAUCACCAAAUGUGUGAUAAUGUUCAAAAUCUGUUAUUUAAAAUAAAUGUUUUCUUGUUAAAUGUUAAACUGUGUUAAGUAUAUUUUUGUAGUUAAACUAAACAUAAAUCACUCUGUUGUGUGGGUAUUUAUUUACUUUGUUAUGUGGUAGGUGUGGAGUAUGUUAGAAACCUUUGUUGAUCCAAAAACUUAAAACUUUGUAGGUCGGAUGAAAUAUCUGUGAGAUUUAUAAUCUCAGGCAUAAUCAGACCAAUAAUAUGUCAUCAACCGUCAGUUGAUAAUACAGAGUAACAAAUCUAAGAAGAAACUUAUCGUUUUGCAGCAACUCAUGGUCAAGUUUUGGAAGCUGUUUACCAUGGCUCAUUGCCAUUGUGUUUUUCCCACAUCAAAAUUUGGAAACAAAAUUAAUCGGUUUGUUAAUGAAAAAAAUUAUUUUUUCACUAAUUUUUGCUAUUUAAAUUUACAACACGUUCACAGACAAAGUACAAACUGUACUAUUGCAGUUGUGUUUCAGUACUUCUGUUUACUAUGUGUUGAGCCCAUACAAAUCCCUAGUUCGCUGUUAACAUUUGUUUUAGCAACAUAAUUAGAAACAUCCCCAUGUUCAAUUUGUCGGCAGAUUUUUUAUCAAAAUCGGCAUAGUUGAUGUGAGCCACAGACAGAUUGUGAUGAUCCAAACUACUAAUUUCUGACGAAUACACAGACCUUUUUACCAAUUCAAACUAAUGGAAUUACUUGUAAGCUAUAGCAACUUUUAUGACCCAACUUGGUCAGCAAGAAAAAAUAAGGUAGAAAAUUGAAUUUUAGACACUAGGCAUUCUGUGACUAGCUAAGACAACUACAUUCUUUUUUAAUACAAAAUUGGCCAUAACUGGUUCAUAUAGAUAGGAUGUCUACAUACUUCAGUAUCCAAUAGUCAAUGAUAAUACCUUGGAUUAAACAUACUCAUAGAUUUCUCAUCCUCUGGAUCUUAAAAGUUUGGCCCCCAACUAACUUGGUCAGUUAUUUCUAUUUGUUGCAUAUUUUACAGAAUCGUUUUGCAUUGCUUAGGUCGACCAUCACAUUUUUUGUUGCUAGUCAGUAGUGUUGAUGUAAAUACAUGUAAGUACAAGUAGAAGAUAAGAUCAAUUUUUUUUUCAUUUUUCUGGGGCAUUAGUUUAUGCUGCAAGUAAAAGCAAGCGUAUCAAAAAACUGAUAUCUAUAAAAAAAAGUAGGACUACUACUUAAUUACGAAAUAUUUGUUUACUAAUUCACUUAUUUUUUUACAUUAGUGUACGGUAAGAUUAUUUAGAUUAUACUUUAUACUUUUUUAUUAAAGAAAGUAUAAAGGUAUAUUAGGUACACAAUACAAUGGUAUAAGUCAGAUAACAUGUUGAAGGAAUAGCAUGCAGUGCUAGUGAAUUCAUGCUAGACAAUUAAUUUGUCGCUUGCAAGAUGAAUGGGUAUAAGUCCUUAGCAUAUUAAUAUGUACUUACGCUCCUUCAUCUUGCAAGUGUCUAAUUGUUUAUGAAUGAGAACCUUUGCAUUGAAUCAGUGAGUAGUUUCAAUGGCGCUAUAAAUGCACUGUUAUGCAUGAAUGCUAUGUCAACGUGUAACCAGUCUUAGGCAAAUUUGCCCAAUUAGGUAAACUUACUAAUGAGUUUAAUAAUUUUUCAUUCUAAUGUAAACAUUUUCAACAAUAUUUCCAGUUUAAUUUGGUGUUGUAAUAAUACAUGUGUUUACACCUAAAACAUUUCCUACAUUGUAUUCUGAUUACUAAGCAAUAGAGCUGUAAGGUGAAAAAUAAGUAAUAUUUUGGAAGUUUUUUUCUUUUCUGAUGGGAAACAAAAUUAUUCUAUACUUAGGAUAUUGGUUUUAUUCUAUGUUUUUGCUUGGUUUUAUUUCUUUUACUUUAACAGCAAGUAUUUGCACUUAUUUAUAGAAUUUAGGAUAUUGCUUAACUAUUGUUUUGCAAUUUGUUAUUGUUAAUGUUGUUGUUUUAGCUUGUACUUUUUUAUUUAAAUGCUUGGCACUGGACCAUGUUUUUAACAAAACGCAACUAAGGCGACUAUGAAAAGGCUUAAACUUUUUUUUAUUUCUUAUAAAUGGAAGUU